UCAGCUGUUUUGUGUGUGUGCCGACAGUUACGGUAAACCGUCCGGCUUCUAGUCAAUUUCAUGGAUUUUUUUGUUUGUUUCUCUUUCACGUUUAAAGGAUGUUCUGAAAAUUAGACCGUUUUAAUUUUGGCCUUGCGUUCUAGUGGACUUAUUUGGAUACUGUGCGUGUGUAGUCAAAGCUAUCGUUUACGGAUUUUAAUUUGUAUGUUAAAAUAAAAAGAAUACUUUAGGACCAGUGAAACGUUUUAACAGAUGUACCUACAUACAGGUGUUAAGAGGGUCUUCACUUGUUAGUCUCCAGACAGCGACUUCACUCAUUCUGGACAGAGUCUCACACCAACCCUGAACCUAUCCAUUACCAAGCAUUAAGCCGGUUUUUUUUUAAAUACUAGCCGACUUUCAAUACUUUGAUGGAAUAGUAAAAAGGCUGGUCCUGAUUGUAGCUUUGCGCUUUGAAAGAAAACGGAAAUUGGGCGUCAUAGAGGCUUAUGCAGGCUUAGCCAGCAUUGGGCGUACGCUGGUUCUUCGCAAACUCUCUAGGCUAAGCACUUGCAACCUGUUCAGGCCAAGCAUUGACUGAUGUCUAUCAUGAUAUGUGUGGACAGCGUCAACAAAGGAACAAGUGCUUUACCAGUUAUAAUAAUAGCUCCACCCAGGGGUGAGUCUGAGUUUCUCCUGGAGAUGAACACCAAUGAGGAAUUGGUCAAUCGGCCAUCAGAGAGUUGUCGAAAAGGGCAGCAUACUUUGAAUAGCUCAAUGUUGAAUUCUCAUCACGACAUCACACGAGAUUCUAACUAUUUAACUCUUAUUUCUGGAACAUCGGCUUCUUCCUUCAGCGGUGUGCCUACAUCUAUAGACGCAACUCCUAGAAUAGUGUUGGCUACAACAGAGUUUCCUAUUAUGCCUAGUUUAUGUAUAGCUAAAAAUAACUGCUAUCUACUUAACAGCUCAUCUCCUGAAAACCACAAUGUCACUCAGGCGACAAUGACUUUAUACAAAACUGAAGAGUCUGUAGCACUUUCAAAGCCUAGAACCACGCAGCAUCUUGACAACACUACAAGGAGUAUUCUCCAUCAAAGCCCGAAGAGCUGCAGCGCUAAGGACGAUCACCGUCAACAGAACUUUCUGCAGCAGCACCGCGAUCCGAAAAGUCUUUCUCAUUUAACUGGCAGCUUCAGGACGAGUUUUCAAGAAAACUCUGCGCAUGUUCAAACCAGCAGCAAUCUCGUCUCCAAAAGCUACACCCACAACCAGCUAAGCAGCACGCAUGUCAGCAGCCAAUUCGCUGCACUGCCCAAAAAGUCUUUCACGAAGCCUAGUAACCUCAACGAGAAACCACAUAAAGAAGGAACCAGGAGUUUGUCUUCUUCCUUAUGCUAUCAGACCUCUGCUGAUCAAACGACAACAGUGAACAGUACUCGAUGCAGCCCGGCCAGUUCUUUAGCCGAUAAGAGUUCGUCAUCCGUAAAGUCAUCCACAAGGUCUACUUCUGUUCACCAGUAUAAACUAACCAAUCACAAUACGUCUUUCAACGAAACCGUCAAUGCUAUUGAGCCAAUGGAAACAUUUGAAAAUACAGAGCCGGUAGUCCUUCAACCCUCCAACUCUAACAUUGCCACUUCGACACGCCCAUCCGAUGGCCUAUAUUCACAGGGCGCCUCGUUCAUUAACUCCCCAACAUCUUCCUACACCGGCGCCCUUACUUCCAACUCAGCCACACCAGCAAAUGGCGCUGCGUCAGGAUCGUUUGGCAAGCAAAAUGGUUCCCACAAUGUUCUUAGAAUGGAAUCAUCUAGCUCCCCUCAGCCAUCUAGGAUCCCCGUGCAGUGCAUAGCUGUUAAGCAACCAACAUCUUCAAACUCAUCACUGCCAGUUACUUCUUUCGCGUCUUUCAGAUCUCCUACAGUGUCUCCAGACUCGCACAUGUCUCCGCCAGAAUUUUCAGUCAAAGACUCUAUCCCUUCUCGAGCCGAAUCUGUUCAAGAACAAUCGGAUAUAUCUCCUUCAAAAUGCUCGCCGUCAAGUAGUGCAUCUCUAGUGCCGUCAAGUAGUGCAUCUCUAGUGCCGUCAUGUAGCACAUCUAUGCUGGAUAUGCCUGCUACGAAAUCGACUGAAACUCUUCGAGUAGAUAGCGGCAGACAACUUCGAGCCCGGAAUAAAAGUAGAAAAUUUCUGCCAGAAAAAACACGUCACAAGAGACAGACUUUGCAAGACAUGACGAGACCGUUGAAGCUCUGGCUGGUGAAGCACAGGGACAACCCGUACCCCUCCAAGACAGAGAAAAUUGAGCUGGUAAAAAAUAGCCACAUGUCUAUCAUUCAGGUCAGCAAUUGGUUCGCCAACGCCAGAAGGAGACUCAAAAACACCGUCAAGGGAGAGAACGUCUCCUGGGCUAAGAGGAUUAAGGCUUACAACAAUUUUGCUGAGGGCAAUGCAGAACUGCUGAGCAUCCCCUCGUCUGAUGAGGAGAACUGGGACUCUGACCAGGAAACAGAUAUGGACAAUCAGGAUAACUCCACACAGUCUGAGCCCCUUCACUGUGAUUCCAGUGUUCAGGAGUCUGUCUUGACCUCUGCACUCAGUGACACCGCUCUCAAUUCUGGCCAGAUCUCUCAGUUUCCAGUGACCUCUGCUGUUCGCAGUUGCGCCCCUUCCCCGGAUGAUCAUCAAGGCAGCGGCCAGAAAUUUAAACAUUCCAUUUUGCAGCGUUACCUGCAGCAGGCGAUACUUCCUGUGGAGGAUGUUGUAGCGUCUUCAGCCUCACGUCACAGGCACCUGUCGUCCUCUACUGGGUCACAUGACUUUGAGUACUUGUCCACCUCUUCCGUGUCAUCCCCUUCCCAUGAGGUGCACCAGGACUCGUUUGAUGAUUUAUCCGAGGACAUGGAGACGAUAGCUAUCAAAUUGAGACCCUCUGAGACAAGUAGUCUAAACAAUACUGAUGAGCUUUAUUGGAAAGAGAUUAGUGCCGCGCUGGCCCUCACAAGUCUCGCAAGAUGUCACGUGACUAAGUAGAUCUCGCGAGAACGUGAUCACACGAGACUUCAGUAAGACAACGGGAGAAGUGUCUCAACCAGGAAACCCCCCUUGCAGCCAGGAACAUUUUCUCGUGUCCUCGUCAACCAACCAGUGUAACCUUGCACUGAGGGAACUUCUUCCAUGGCGGAAAGUUUUAAUAAUGCUUAACAAAACAUGGCGUAGAAAUAAGAGAGAGCGUAAGCUUCGGAAUCAAUACCUCCUGGCUGUAAAAAUCAUUUAAGACUCUUUUGAUGACAUCACAUUCAUUAGGCCAAUAACAAACCUGAGGAUCUUUCAUCACCAGACAUGAAGAUCUUGCAUCACCAAACCUAAAGAUCUAGCAUCACAAAAACCUGAAGAUCUUGCAUAGCCAAAGGUCACGCAUCGCUAAACGUGAAGAUAACAAAGCCCAAAGGUCUUGCAUCGCUAAACGUAAAGAUCUUACAUAACAAAAGCUGAAGCUAUUACAUUACAAACCUUGAAGAUCUUUCAUAACAACUUGAAGAUCUUUUAUAACAAACCCUGAAGAUCUUGCAUAACAUAUUCUAAAGAUCUUGCAAAAAAAAAGAUUUUACUUUACAAAAAAAGAUCGCAAAAAUCGCAAAAAUUUAGCAUCAUGAAGAUGUUUCAUCACCAAACUUGAAGAUGUUUCAUCACCAAACUUGAAGAUGUUUCAUCACCAAACUUGAAGAUGUUUCAUCACCAAACUUGAAGAUGUUUCACCACCAAACUUGAAGAUGUUUCAUCACCAAACUUGAAGAUGUUUCAUCACCAAACUUGAAGAUGUUUCAUCACCAAACUUGAAGAUGUUUCAUCACUUAACGUGAAGAUGCUUCAUCACCAAACCUAAAGAUGUUUCAUCACCAAAUGUGAAGAUGUUUCAUCACCAAACCUCAAGAUAUUUCAUCAUCUAUCCUGAAGAUGUUUUAUCACCAAACAUGAAGAUGUUUUUCAUCACCAAACGUGAAGAUGUUUCAUCAUCAAAGCUGAAGAUGUUUCAUCACCAAACCUGAAGAUGUUUCAUCACCAAACCGGAACCUCUAGUCUAGCAUCACCAAGCUAUAAUAUGUUAUGUCUCGUCCCAAAGUCUAAACAUCUUCCAUCACCGAUUGAAUCAUUAGAUUAUGAUGGCUUCCUUAUGACAUGUGAUUAGAACUGUUAGCACUUUGGUCAGAAGUUUGAAAAAACCCGCCAAUAUCCACUUGGCGUCUUGCACGAGGUUAAAUAUUUUUGUUAAAAUAUGAAACUUACAUAUUACGUCAAACCAUAGCAAUUUAAAUUACAAUGGCCAGGACCGACAGCUAGAUCCAGAGGUUUAAAUUAACUCUUGACUGUAGUAACAGCUAGUUUUAGGUUUUACAAGCAGAUAAUGACUGAGGUGUAACCUGGAUCUUAAAUCGCCUUCUUUUUUCUGGAGAGAUCUUUUCUUGUAGUUGAAAGAUUUACAGAAAUGAACAGGUAUAUUUUCCACGUGAAAUGGGAGAGAACUGUGUCAAGUCCACAUGAAAUUGAGUGUUUUUUCUUACACACCAUUCUCUGCCCAUCUAUAUCUCGUAAUUCUGAACAAAAACUUGUUGUUUAAUCGGUUACUAGCUUGUAAGGCCAGUGUUUCCCAAAGUGGGGCUCACGUACCCCCAGGGGUACUCUGCGUUACAAAAAUUACAAAAGGGUACACUUUAGUUAAAAGUUUGGGAAGCACUGUAUUAAGCCAAUCGGUAACUAGAAACGAAAAUAGAAGGCCAUGAUUGCAAAUUCAUUAAGUUAAAACAUUUUGACCUCAAAUACAUUCUAGCAAAUUCAGAUCCUUCUUUUCCAUAUUUUUUUGACUUGUAAAAAAAUGCUCUUAAAGCAAUUUAAAUUUGUGAAACGAGUGGAUCCAAGACCAAUCGUUAGAGUUGACCCGACUGUAGAACUCGGCUGACCACUCGUGGCCUUCACAGAUCUGCAGUCAAACCUACUAUAAUGAUUGGUCUAGGUGGCGCUUUUGGUGGGAAAAGCAACUAAAUAACAGUAAUAUGUUAAUCGAAUCUUUCUGCUGGCAGUGGCUGACAGAACCUGCCAUAUAGAUAUGUGAUGUAAAUGUAAUUUUUGAAAUCUGUACUAACGUGACUGUGUGUGUCAAAAUGUGUAUGUGUUAGUAAUCUGAGCCUGUGUGCGUCAGAAUCUGUUUUUUUUUUAGCAUUUUGUCAGCCUGUGUAUGUGGUUUUUUUUUUGUCUAAUAUAUAUAUAUAGGCCUAUAUAAGGCUUGUCUUCGAGUCAUAAGAUUUAUAAGAAAUACAGUAUUUCACGUGGUUACGCAGACCAAGCUGCGACCUACUUAUUUUGCCGUAUUCAACGCAGACAAACUCAGAAUACGUAUGUCUGUCAAAGAUGUGCGUGUCGUGUUAUACGUACCUUCCGAUAUAUAUAUUUUUCUUGACAUCGUGGAGGUUUACACUAUAACAUAGGCUACAUGUAUCUCCUGUUAGAUUGUGUGUGUGUGUCUAUGAGUUCUAAUGUGUAUGUAUAAUUCAGUGUGAUGAGCCAUUUCUGCGUGUGAUCAUUUAUAUGCCUUUUUUUUGUCUGUGUAUGCGUUAUAAUUAUCACUCCAGUAUUUGCGGAACAGCGGACUGCCUAAAUGUAUAAAGGGGCUUAACCAACUGCGGGUUGGGGAGGGUGUGCGCAGAGCUUUUGAACCCCUUCAAGUGAAAAACAUUUUUAAUUAAAUAAAUUUUACCUUUAAUGAGCUAUAGCGUGUUCCUGGUAAAAAAAAAACAAAAACAUCCUCUCAGCAAUGUUAUAUGAACAGAUAAUAAAAAAUACCCUUAAAUAAGAUAUUUCUUAUAUACUUUGACAUCUUAGUUCAUUAAGCAAGCUGUUCAAUUAUUUUUCGGAUUUACUGCCAACUGCAGCUUAUCCUCAAGAACAUCUUUUUUCUUCUUCUUCUUCUAGCCAGCCUUUUUCCUGCCGAGCUGUAAGUUCUUUGCAGACCUUUCCAAAGAAAAAAUAGUGUGCUGUUUUCUUCAGUAGUUCAGCACACCCGUACAGUGGGUUGUAGUGGUAGUAGGGUCUGCCUAAGGUGGAUUAGGAACAGGACCGGCCUUAGGCCACUGCAACCUUUGCAGCCGCAGUAGGCCCCGACUUGCAUAGGCCCCGCGCUAAUACUAGGUGUAAAUUAAUAACUUAGAACAUUAUAACUUAUAAAUAAUAAGCGAGAUUUCGCGACCUCCUGAUUUUCCAGAGCCUCCUGGAAAUCUCCUGAAAACUCAUAAAAAUCUCCUGAAAACGCAAUAAAAAUCUCCUGAAAGAUAGACAAAAGUGUCCUAUUGGGGUGCCAAUCGUACGCGCGAUAACUUAAAACUGCAUUGUCAAGCUUUCAUUUAAUAAAAAUGGAUAAGAAUGUAUUUAGUAAUACAAAAUCUUUAUUUUACAUUAUGCUUAUCCCUACCCAGACUAGGCCACGCCAUUGUUAGGGCCGGCCCUGAUUAGGAAGGGGCAUUCAAGGAGGAUAUGGCUUACGGUCUAAUUUAGGGUGGGCGGAGUGUCCACAAGGGGGUAGAUGUUAGGAAUUUAUUUUAUGAUGGUAAUUGAACAGAGGAGUGUGUGGCCUGUCCUUAGUUGGAAGAUUGUAAAUUGCUCUUUCCGGGGUGAUGAAGUUAAUACUGUCCAGUUUGUUUGACAUGGACAAUUCUUCGUACAUAGCUCUAUUUGUGUUUCCUGAUGCCCAUUGGUUGAGCCACUCCUCUUUGUGAUUGUUGACUAACAUUGUUCUUAGGGUGAGGUAGUGAACAGGUCCAUAGAUGAUCCUGCCUUUGAUAGUUUAACUUAGUUAACAGAUCUAUCUGGUUGUUCAAUAGAGGAUCCAGCCUUUGAUAGUUUAUCUGAACAUUGUUCUUAGGGUGAGGUACUGAACAGAUCCAUAGAUGAUCCUGCCUUUGAUAGUUUAACUUCCUUUUCAUUUCCCCUAAUGUCUUAAGAACAUGGAAUUAUGAAGAUAGGCAAGCAGGACGAUUUGUAAUUGCUUAGUAUAUGUUGAUCAGUGGCGUUGCUAGGGAUUCAGGGGAUCCGGGGGGGAUUGACCUCUUUAGGGGCCGCUGCAUUUUGACAUUCAACAUCAUGACAUGAGAUAAUUGCGUAAUAUUAAAUGUAAAUAACACAUUUCGGACACUCUUUUUUUGGGGCCGUCAAGUUGGGGCCCGGGGCGGAUUUUUUAAUUUGGUCCCCCCCCCCUCCUUCCCUCACCCUUGCUACGCCACUGAUGUUAGUAUCGGAAAUAAUAUGAGUAUGUGAAGACGUGAUGUUCAAGGAAUCAAAAGCAGAAUAGAUUCACAUAGUCCGGAUAUCUUAUCUAUGCAUAUUACAUUUAAGAAGCUAUAAAUCAAUGUUGACAAUUAUUGCUAAUGUCUCAAUAUAACUUCUAAUAGUAAGAUCUAUAUGUUGGCCGAAAUCUUGUAAAGAAGAACAUCUAUAUCAGGCACUUCAAUAUCCACGGAGAGCUUUGUCCUUCCUAAGUACAUUCCAAUCAAGAUCUCUAAGUUUGAAAUGAAAUGUUAUCUCAAUUGACGUUCUGGUUAAAAUAAAAAAAAUAUAACUAGUCGACCCUCGGCGUAGCAUACGCCGCUAUUUUUGCAGGGCCGGCCUUAGGUGACCGCACUUAUGCCACCGCAGUGGGCCUCGCACUUUUCAUAUGACCCGCGCUAAUUCUAGGUGUAUAAAUCAUUAAAUUAAACCAUUGUAUAACUUAUAACAGAUUUCCCGCGGCCUCCUGUCAAUUUACUAGGAGCUCCUUAAAAAAUCUCCUGAAAUUGCAAAAUAUACGAAAAAGUCCUGAAAAUAUCCGGAAAUUAUUAAUUUCUUGAUAAAACUCAUACGAAUCUCCUGAAAUAUAUAGACAAAAAUAGGCAUUUUGGGGUGUCAUUCAAUAAGGAAAAUGCCAAUCCUACGCGCGAUUAAAAAAAAACGGCAUUAUCCCGUUAUUUUGGAAUCUGGUGAAAGAAGCUUCUCGCGCCUCAAACUAAUGAAGAAUUACUUGAGUUCAAAAAUUCUCGUAGAUAGAUUAAAACAUUUGUUAAUUCUUGCUAUUGAACGUUAUCUAUGUAGGAAAUAGAUUUUUUAUGAUAUACUGUAUGAUUUUGCUACACGCAAGGCUCGUAAAGUUCGUGACAUAACUCUAUCCGCAGAAAUUAAAGAGUGAUCUUUCCUUUACUCCUUCUUCCCGUCCAAACUCUUGAGCGAAGAAGAAAAUUAUAUAUUUAUAGACUGCGUUUAUUAGACAAUUAUACACAACAGAGAAGUAUUCAGUGGUAUAAUUAUUCAUGAUGGCUUAAUUAAAUGGUUUUAUUAGUAUGCACGUUUAAAACAGUUUUCAGAAUUGUUUAUUUAAUUAAAUUUUAAAGCAUGUCUUUUUAAUCUCAGAAUUACUAUUAGUAGCAUUGUAUUCUAAAAUAGUUUAAUAAAACAUUAGGACUUAUUUGUAUGUUAGAAUUUUUUGUAAAUAACACGACGAGGAUCUAUCUUGUAGUAAACGUAACGUUUGUAAUUAAUUCCCCUUUGUCCUCGGCCUCCUUCAGUUGUGAAACGACUGAUUCAUCUCGAACACUUUUUCAUAUGGCUGUGGAGCCCUAUUUCGGAGAGACACUCCCGUCCACAUAUAUUACAGGUCAAGGUGGCUUACGCUUUGGUGGUAGAGGAGCUGGCCAUUUUCUGUGUGGCACGUUUUUCUUUAAGAGUCGAGGCCCAUGUUUUCUCGCUGCCAAUAGCUUUCUUGGUCACUGUUUCUCUCCAACUAGUGCGUUCUAAGGCUAUGUCUUCCCAAUGGUCAGUAUCAAUUUUACUGAUUUUAAAUCCCUUUUUAUCACAUCAACAUAUCGGAAGGGGGGGGGGGCGACCAAUUUUUCUUGAGCCAGACGCUAUGUAACGUAAUGAAAUGUAAACAGUCCAAUUUAGUUUCAGGACAAUGAAUACUAGACAGAAUAACUAGUGGCGUCCUUCUGACAUUGUUAAUGUAGUCCUACCAAAGUUAAUGUAAUGAAAUAAAUAAAGCUUCUGCGAAAUAAAUACAAGUACUUAGCUAAAUCACAUUUAAAUUACAGAAUUACACAAUUUAAUUAGAGAUUUUCAUAUAUGGCGGGAAAACUAUAAAUAGCAAGAUUUUUGUGGUGUAUCUGGUGUGCAAAAUAAAGAGAGUGUUGAUUAGCUGUAUGUUUUUUUUUAAAGCUAUUCGAUACAUUUUUAGCUCUACCAUUUGUAACACAAAAUACAACUCGUAAUGGAGGAAGCUUCAGACCUUCACUCUAUGCAUUUUUGCAGUUUUAAUCUAGUUGGCAACUUUGAGGUUCAAGGUAGCGUCCUUGACCUUUUUUUUUCCAGUUUAACUUGAAAAUCUCCUAUCGUAAUACUAAUUUUACAGAAAUUACGUAAAAUAUAAAGGGUGGAACCUCUGCUAACUAGUACACUCGGUUAUGGAAAGUUGGUCCGUACACGAAAUGAUCGGUAUGUGAAUCAAUUGUCCCAUGAGAAAUAAAAGACAUAGAAGCCAUUGGUUCCCAGCCCAUGUUGACUUGCUAAUAUAGGAAAGUUCCAGGCUAUAAUGGUAUGUUUGUUUGUUUUUAAAUGAGAACAGGUAGAAUACAUUAUAAAAUGAAAUAACAAGAAAUUAGAAUAACAUACUGUUACGAGGGGUACUUCCCUGCAUGAGAACAUGUGGCAGUUUGAAAUCUUGGGUGACUAAUGCUUGGUCUGAGAGGGCUGGUCGAUGACAUGUCGGUGAGGUAUCUGUUCGGUAUCUGAAUUUUGUGCGGUAUCAGUUGCAAAGUUUGUUACGAAACUUUUGGUUAUUAACCGAAAUGUUCGCUAUCACAGGUGUUCGCUUAAGAGAGGCCGUAUUGCUGUUAUAAAAUACUAAAAAAAAAGUAACCCUUUCAGACCUUCCGAUCUCUGGUUGCAGAGAAUUUAAAACUCUUUUCUUUCUGUAGUCAACGGUUAAUGAGGGUGUCAUGUGGCCAGCACAACGACCAGCCGCCUUGACGUUCCCCUACUAAUGUCAGGUACCCAUUAGUCUAUGAUUACAGUUUGUUGGAUUCAGUGGUGACCUAAUGAUCCCGAAGUUUACGAUCUCAUUUUUCACCAACAUUUGAACCCGAGACACCUCUGUCCUAAAUCCAAGCUUUAACUAUUAACCACCACGUCCGAUAUUUUAUAAAACGCAAAUGAAAUUAGCAACACAUUUUUGCUAAGGUCCUUUAGCACAUGUGUUCAAUCGUUAUGUUUGCACUAAACACAUGUGUUCAAUUGUUAUGUUUGUAUUGAACACAUGUGUUCAAUUGUUUAUGUUUGCAUUUAGCACAUGUGUCUGCUUCUAUCAGUAAGUGCCAGCGAGUUUGUCUGUUGUUGACCAGGAUUAUAUCUGUGUAGGAACGUUGUGAGUCUGUGUUUAUCUGUGUAUGUUUCAAGCCCUUGUUAUAAUCCCUAUCUGUGUAUGUUUCAAGCCCUUGUUAUAAUCCCUAUCUGUGUAUGUUUCAAGCCCUUGUUAUAAUCCCUAUCUGUGUAUGUUUCAAGCCCUUGUUAUAAUCCCUAUCUGUGUAUGUUUCAAGCCCUUGUUAUAAUCCCUAUCUGUGUAUGUUUCAAGCCCUUGUUAUAAUCCCUUACUUGCUAACUGCAGAUACUGUGAUGCUGUUUUUUUUUUAUCUAUGUCAAGCUAUCCUUGUGUUUUGUUUUUUUAUUCUUUUUUGCCCAUGGGGGUGACUUGUUGCCAUUGUUGUAUUAUCUACAUUGACUGUAAUUACUUUUCAAACUUAAUAUAUCCUCACCCUCACCAAAGAUUAUGAGUUCAAUUCUCUUCAAUCUUGUAUUAUGUACAGCGUUUUCAUUUCUCUGUGAUCUCUGCCGUAGUGUUGAAGGACAAGUUUGACCUUGCCGGCCUUUUUUUUUUUUUUUUUGUAUGAUGUGCUCGGAGCCUUGUGAUUGGCUGGCCGCUUGGCUCAACUCGUUUUUAGAACGAGGCUGGGACGACAGAGCACGUGGCUCCGGACGAGACUAAUCGUCAUAGCAGGCCUGAACACUGACCCGUGACGUAUGGUCAGCCCUGUUGUCACGUCACAGGUCUGACGUCCAGAUCGGUGACAUGGCAACGAGCUAUUGGUCUCCAAUACCCAUAAGUUUUGACGUCGCAUGUCAGUGUUUAGGACUUCUAUAACGAUUAGUCUUGGUGCAGAUACAUUACAUUCUAUCCAAUUGGUUUUUAGACGAAAUGGUGACGUCUCUGCCUUCAUCCAAAUUGUAUUCUCGUAGAUUGUAAACAUGAAUAUGUGCGUUGAUUAAUCAGAUAAAGAACUGAUCAGCUGUAAACAAAAAGUGUUGUAAUACAUAAGACUGGAAUGUAUUGAUGAACUAAUCAGCUGUUCUAGUACCUCCUUUCGCCUCUGCGUUAACAUGUUCUUGAGCACACUGGUGUUAAAUGGCCUCCUUUAUUAUAAGAUCUCAAUAUUAUAAACUCUGCCAUAAUCUAUAUUCUUUUACUUGACAUUAUGUUCUAUAUCUCCCUUUUACGUUCCAUUAUUCUAGCUUAACAUGGAUACAGAUAUUGUGUAUAUAAAUUUGUUUUUCUUAAAUAUUUUUUAAAAACUUAAACAUUGGUGUUAUAGACUCAGGGCUGUGCAGUGACUGAAGGUAACUGAGUAAUUUUCUGUUUGAACGGUUUCUUCUUUAAAGCCUGCUUAUAUGAGUCUGAGAUAUGAUAGUCUUUUUUUUUUCCUGAAUAAGUUUUACAUUGACCUGCUCUCAACUACUCACUCAGUAAAUCCUCUGCACUGCCCUGAGAACUCAUAAUGCACAUUGUCACUGUUAAAAGGGAGUCAACUCACUAGUGCGUACUUCCAUUGUAUCACGUGACGUCAUUGUCGCCUGGCAACCAUAAUACAUGUAUAAACAAAUAUUUUAUGCAUAUAUUAAAUCAUCAGAACAUGAAGUGCCAUGUAUAUGUUUCUCGCUUUUCUGUUGCUGUCGCGAAUUUGUAAAUGAUCAAAUAAAAUAUCUUCGUCAUUAUCUGUUCAUAAUGUGGGUAACUGUGACAGACAUUGUUUUGUUUUUGCCAAUUUGUUCAACAAACCUUUUACUGUCUUUGAAGAUUUGAUCUGAACAAAUAAAAGAAUGUUUUUGUUUUGUUUUGCAAUAAAGGAUUUCUACAGAACGAAGAA